AUGACACAAUUAAAGCAAGACAGAAAAAAGUUCCCAGGUUACCAAGUCAAAAAUGAUGAAGAAAAUUUUCAAGAACAAGCAAUUAAAAAUGUAAAGCUUAAUUCGGAAGAAAAUCAUAUGAAGGGUGCCCCGCCUUCCAACUUGAAGAUUGUAGAUGGCGAAGUAGACAAGCUCAAUAGGAACGAAGAUGAAAUUAUAUUAGAGACAGUGGUUUCUAAAAAAGAUGUUAAAAAUCUUUUUAUUCCUACAAAUAGGAAUUGGAAAAUAUACCACUCACUUCGCUAUAAUUGGGAUAUCAAGAAAAGAUAUCCCAAAUUUAAAAAUGGCAUCAUGAGUGAAAAUUUUUCCACUGAACGGAUAAUUGGCGAUGGUAAUUGUCUUUUCAGAUGUAUAAGCAAAGAAAUUUGCGAGGAUGAAUGCCACUAUCACUUCCUGAGAUCGGAAUGUGCGCGCUUUAUGAAAAGUAAAGACGUGGCAGAGCAGAUGGAGGGGUUUCUGGGAGAACCCGUUGACGCGUACCUGGAGAGGACGGGCAUGGCUCAAAAUGCCGUUUAUGGUACAGAGGUGGAGAUAGUUGCAAUGCGAACGAUCGCAUAA